AUGAUAAAAUCAGAUAUCAUUGGAAGAGAAGAUGAUAAAAGGAAGAUUAUAAGCUUGUUGCGACAACCACAUGAAAUUCAAAAUGUCUCUUUGGUUGCUAUUGUUGGGAUUGGUGGUUUGGGAAUGACAACUCUUGCUCAAUUGGUAUACAAUGAUGGUGAAAUAAAAAAGUCUUUUGAAAAGAGUAUGUGGGUAUGUGUCUCUGAUAACUUUGAUGUCAAAACUAUUGUGAAGAACAUGUUGGAGUCACUAACCAAGAAAAAAAUUGAUGAUACAUUAUCAUUGGACACCUUGCAAAAUAUGCUUGGUGGAAAUUUAUCCAGUAAGAGAUACUUGUUAGUCCUAGAUGACAUUUGGAACGAUAGUUUUGAAAAGUGGGAUAAAUUGUGGACUUGCUUGAUGUGUGGUGCUCAAGGAAGUAAGGUUAUAGUGACUACUCGUAGUAGAACUGUGGCUCAAACCACGGGUGUAUGUGUCCCCUAUGCUUUGAAUGGUUUGAUUCUAGAAGACUCUUGGAGUUUAUCAAAGAAUAUUGCAUUUAGGGAUGAUACCACUGGAGUGAAUCGAACUCUCGAAUCAACCGGCAAGAAGAUAGCAGAAAAGUGCAGAGGCGUUCCAUUAGCAAUUAGAUCAUUGGGAGGCAUAUUAAAGAAUAAAAGAGAAGAAAAUGAAUGGGGUCAUGUCUUGCGAGGUGACUUUUGGAAAUUGUGCGAGGAAAAAGAUAGCAUCAUGCCGGUCCUAAAAUUGAGUUACCGAAACUUGUCACCUCAACAAAAACAGUGUUUUUCUUAUUGCUCUUUAUAUCCUAAUGAUUGGGAAUUUAAGAAGGGUGAGUUGAUUCAAAUGUGGAUGACACAUGGUUAUCUUGAAUGUUCAGUCGAAGGGCAAUGCAUGGAAGAUGUUGGUAACCAAUUUGUUAAUAUUUUCUUGAUGAAAUCAUUCUUCCAAGAUGCAAAAUUGAAUGAAGAUGGUGAUAUAAACUGUUUUAAAAUGCACGAUUUAAUGCACGAUCUUGCAACACAAAUAGCUGGAAAUGAUUGUUGUUACUCUAAUUUAUACUUGCAAUUUUUUUAUUCACUUAUUUAG